AUGAUUUUGCAUGGAUUGUGGGUUGUAUCAUUGGAAGAUGCUGAUAAAAUACCCAAAGGCCUCUUAUCGCCUGCGUGUAUACUACAGUACAACAGGAUAGUGCUAACUCGCAAUGUACCGCCGAGGGACUUCCAUUAUUACCACGAGUAUCUCGCUGGAAACCCGCAACUAGAAGAAGUGGACGAAGAUUUUCGUUGGAGGAUAGUAGGUGGUAAGAGGAUAACUAUCCAGGAAGCGCCUUACCAGGUGUUGUAUGGUAAAUACUGCGGCGGCACCCUCAUCGCUCCCGACUGGGUUCUAACCGCAGCUCACUGUAAGACCAAGGCUGAAAACGUAUACGCAGGAUCUACUUCGCGAAGUGAAGCAAAAGAAUAUCCCAUCUGUGCCCACUUCAUACACCCCUAUUGGGAAACUUCAAAUCAACAAUCCCAUGACUACGACUAUCAGCUUUUACUCCUAGAAAAACCGAUACCAGAUACUUCUGCAAGUCGACCAAUAGCGAUAGGAUCUGUUAAUGACAUUAAAGAUGGGAACAUGGUCUCUGUCACUGGAUGGGGAUAUCUGAAGUUUAAAGCAAACAAAAUGCAAGAUAUCCUUCGACGUGUGCAUGUGCCAAUAAUUAAUGAAGAAAAGUGUAAAGAAAUGACGGACGGCAGUUACGACAACAUUACGUCGAGAAUGUUUUGUGCAGGAUACGCUAAUGGUACUAAAGACUCAUGUCAGGGUGAUUCUGGAGGUCCAGUGGUGUACCAAGGUAAGCUACUAGGACUGGUGUCAUACGGUUUGGAGUGCGCUCUACCAAACCAUCCCGGAGUGUACGCAAAUGUACCAAAAGUUCGAGGUUGGAUCAGAUCUGUUACCGCUUUACCAUUA